UACGUUUGAAGGAUGAAUUAGUAGGAAAUUGUUUUCUCCUAGCGGUGUGUAACGAGAGUUACUUGCCCGUGGGGUGGCGCUGUUAAGGAUAUAUAAGGGUUACUUAAUUUGAAUUGGUCAUUCUCGCUGAAAGUACACCACGGCCGCUUUAUGAUGGACGCUAAUGCUAAACUUGACGCCAUCUUGAAACAACAAGAAGCGCUACAGUCCUCCAUUGAUAGUAAGAUUGGCGCAUUAAGAGAUGAAUUCGUUCAAACUACACUUGAUCUUAAGAAGCUGAAAGCUGAAAAAGACUACGCCUGGUCUCGUGAGGGCAAUAAAAUUCAGUAUAACUUCAACGAAGAAUCCAUUACAUCUCUUAAAAAGGUGCUCACUGCGUUGAGUUCUUCACGUUUGGAAGACGCUGAGACGUUACUGUCUGAAGAGCUCGACAGGUUGACGAGAAGAAAUAAACUUAUUAAGAUAGCGGAUUCUUCAGACGGGGGUUGGGAAACCGUCCGGCAGUACGUCAGCAAUGAGUUGGCAGACGAUUCUGACGAUGAUAAGAAAAUCAUGCGCGCAGACAAUAAAGCCGUCAAGAAACUCAGACAAAAGCGUGCUAGGCAAGCUCCUUACUCGGCCAGUAGGUCCUUACGAAGAUCGUCUACGUUUCUCCGGCCCGUGCAGCCUGCUUCUAGUGCUCAUUCUGCUUCUUCUGUGCAUCCUGUCCAGUCCACGUCCUCACAUCUUUUUCGUGGCAGAAGCCAGAGAAGCGGAGCAUGUUUUGCGUGUGGAGAAUUUACACACUUUAGAAGAGACUGUCCAUACACCGCCAGCGGAACUGGAGCCACGUCGGGAGGUGGAGUUGGGAGUUCAACCACAACCCAGUAAAGCAGUAGACAAGGACUUGGCAGCUAUUGACGAGCUUCUCAAGAAAAAUCUCAUCAGCAAGUGUGUUACGGCCCCCAGAGUAGUCAGUCCACUGUCUGUGUCCAUACAGUCUUCAGGGAAGAAACGAUUGAUCCUUGAUCUCUCCCGGGUUAACAAGUUUGUUUACAAGUCUAGCGUGAAGUACGAGGAUUGGACCACAUUCUUAACAUAUUGGAAUCAGGAAGAAGCAAGACAGAGUUCUACUUGGAGAGAACUGAAGGCGGUGUAUAUGGUGCUCGCGAGUUUGGUUUCUUCUCUCGAUCGCCGUAAGGUUAAAUGGUUUACAGACAAUCAAAAUAUCGUCAGCAUUGUAGACAAAGGCAGCAUGAAAUCUCACUUGCAGUCCAUAGCUGUGGACAUCUUUGACGUAUGUCUUAAGCAUAAUAUAGAUCUGAGUAUUCAGUGGCUUCCUCGUAAUGGUAAUUUGCAGGCAGAUUACCUCAGUCGACUUGUGGACUAUGAUGACUGGGGUAUUGCAAGCGUUGUGUUCGGGAGUAUUGACAAGUUAUGGGGUCCACAUCAUGUGGAUAGGUUUGCAUCUUACUAUAAUGCUAAGCUGGAACAGUUUAACUCCCGCUACAGUAACCCAGGAUGUGCUGCUGUAGAUGCAUUCACAGUCACAUGGAGAGAGACCAUGAAUGCAUUUCAUGAUGCUUACCAGAGUGAUCUGUCGUCUUUGCCUGAUGAGGUGGCUGAACUUGCUGCUGGGUUACCGGACCUGUUGUGUCAGUCCAGAGCUCAGUCAACUGUGAGCAAGUACCGUUAUGGUUAUGCUGCAUGGAAAAGUCUUCGUAGUGGAGGCGCUACUGCUGCAGCUAAUAACGGUAUACCAGAUCGUAUGUUCAAACGCCAUGGUCGAUGGCGCAGUGAAAAGGCUAAGGACGGUUAUGUUAAAGAUAAACUGGAAAACAGGAUCAAGGUGUCUCUGUCGCUCGGUCUCUGA